GGCGGGCGGCUCCGUGUGCUCGCAGGGGAGCGGGAGGCUGAGCGGGGCGGCCGAGCGGUGAGCUGCUGCCGGUCCCCGGACGAGGCGAGCGUGUGCGCCGGCCAUCCCUCUCGCUUAGGGAGAGGCACCCGCGCAGCCUUGCCAGCAUGGGGCACGGCGGGGAGAGGUCGUCCUGCCUGCUUCUUCUCUUUCUCGCCUUGCUCGCUUUCUGCAGGGGGCGUGUUGUGAGGGUGCCCAAAGGUCCUCUGAUUCGUGUUGUGGGCACGGAGGUGGUGAUACCUUGCAGCGUCAGUGACUACGAUGGUCCCAGUGAACAGAACUUUGACUGGGAGUUCUCCCAGGACACUGACUUUGUGCGGAUAGUGAGUACCUGGGAUUCUGCAUUCACCUCUGAGGAGUACAAAAAACGGGUGGACAGCGGAGAUAUCAAAUUGAGACGGAGCAGCAAUGAUGCUGUGGAACUGGUGAUUAGAAACAUCCAGCCAUCUGACCAAGGGAGAUAUAAAUGCUCCACACCCAGCACUGAUGCCACCGUUCAGGGAAAUUACGAUGCAGAGGUCCAAGUGAAAGUGAUUUCUGAUGGUUUAUCAGUGAGUGGUUCAAAAGCACGUUCCUCAGUGUCUCUCAGGCUGUCUGAAGGUGACUCCUUCAAGUUGCGCUGCUCAGCAAUUACCACCUCACCAGAGCACACUCACCUGCAUGUGACUUGGCAGAUCAGAAGUGGAUCGGCGUGGCAGGACAUCCUGUCUUUGACUCAUGAAGGCAAAUUCCAGACGGGUCCUGGCUAUGAGGAGCGCUACCGUAAUGGCGAUAUCCGCUUGGACACAGGAGCCAAUGACACAUAUCAGUUAUCUGUAUCUCAGGCCUCGGCGGUGGAUGGAGGUGCCUACAGGUGUCUUGUGAGUGAGUGGGUGAGAGGGGCUGAUAGCUCCUGGCAGAAGAUUCAGGAGAAGAGCGUGGAGAUAGCAAGCGUGGCGAUUCAACGGACUGCUCUAGAUGUGGUCAUUUCAACAAGCAAUAUGUCUGUGACUGAAAGAGACUCCCUAGAUCUUACAUGCAACAUCACAACAGACAGGAGUGGUAUUUUCCAAGCAGAAGUGACAUGGUAUUUUUCUGCAUCAUCUGAUGACACCUUGUCAGAUGCUCAGGUUCUACUGAGCAUGGACCACGAUUCUGUUGUCAGUGAUUCAACUCUCAUCAGCCUGAGCCACGUGGAUAGGAACUCCUAUCGCCUGUUGGUGCGAGAUGUGGACGUGGAAGACUCUGGCUAUUACUUCUGCCAAGCAGCUGUCUGGGUGCCGCUGCACAACGGCAGCUGGCAUAAGGUGGUGGAGAGGACAUCUGCACCAGUCAGUGUGGUGGUGACAGCAUUAGAGCCAGACUACGAGGUGUUUCUGAAUGCCUCUAAAACACCCAAGUUUUCUGAUGACCCCACAGAGCUCAAUUGCAGGAUCACAAAUGCCCAGGACACCGAAGCAAACAUCCGCUUCACGGUUUCCUGGUACUACAGGCAGCGCCUGCGCAGUGAUGAUGUGGUGAUGGAGGAACUCCUGGCCACGAUGGAUGCAGACUGGACUCUGCUGCUUGGGGACAGGAACAGAGAGCGGUCUCAGAAUGGAGAAAUAAUCUUCUUUAAGAAGGCUGUUGACACUUUCAGUUUACGAAUCCAGUGGACAUCAGAAAGUGACAGAGGAGAUUAUUUCUGUGUCAUCUCUGCAUGGAGUAGGCACCGCAACAACAGCUGGGUAAAGAGCAAAGAAGUGACUUCUGCAUCCGUCCGCAUUUUCUGGGCUACACAAGAUUACACGCUUACAGUGGAGGCUGUGAAAUUGAAGCCAUUCUUUGUAGCAGGCCAUACCUUUGAGAUGACAUGCAAAGUGUCUUCGAAAAACAUCAAGACGCCACGCUAUUCUGUCCUUAUUACAGCUGAGAAGCCACUAACAGAUCAGUCAAAUCCCAAUGGAACCACUCGUAUAAUCUCCUUGAACCAGGAUUCAGUAGUGCGGCUUGAAGACUGGACAGACCAGACUCGAGUGGAUGGCGUGGUUCUGGAGAAGGUCCAGGAGAAUGAGUUCCGCUACAGAAUGUAUCAGACACAGAUUUCUGAUGCUGGGCUGUAUCGCUGUGUGGUGACUGCCUGGUCUCCAGGUGGUGGUGGCAUGUGGCGUGAAGCAGUGAAUGGGUUAUCCAACCCUAUCCAGAUAGACUUCCAGACAUCAGGUCCUGUGUUUAAUGUCUCGGUGCAUUCUGACAACCCAGCGGUUUACCAGGGUGAACUGGCAGAUUUGCUGUGUAUCAUCACAAUGGAAGGAAUUGCACUUGAGCCAGAUGACAUGUCCUUUGAUGUCUCCUGGUUUGCUGUGCGCUCCUUUGCAUUGGACAGAGAGCCUGUCUUGCUGGCCUCACUGGACCGGAGAGGGAUCGUCACACAGAGUAGGAGAAAUGGGAGCAGUGAUCUUAGCCUGGAGAGAAUCAGCCCGCUAGAAUUCCGGCUCCGUGUUCAUGGCUGUGAGGACCACGACUUUGGGAACCACUACUGCGUAGUGACCCCAUGGGUACGAUCUGCCACAGGCAUAUGGCAGCAGGAACCCGACAUCAAAGCCAAACCCAUCUUUCUAUCUGUGAAAAUGGAUGUUCUGAAUGCUUUCAAGUAUCCUCUGUUGAUUGGCAUUGGUCUGGCUACUGUCAUUGGACUCUUAUCUUGCCUCAUUGGCUACUGCAGCUCCCGUUGGUGCUGUAAGAAGGAAGUGCAGGAAACAAGACGAGAGCGUCGCCGGCUAAUGUCAAUGGAGAUGGACUGAGCGUGGAAGCCAGACACACUUGCAUUUUGUGAGAGACUCACAGGGUUCUUGGACUGUGCUGAGACACUCACUCAUGGGCCCAAACAAGAUGGAGCAUUUUCUCUCUGAUUUCAUCCUGGACCUCAAGCUUCUCCUUGUUACACAUCAUGUCCUGAGAGCAUUCAGGCCAUAUUCAGUGACUUGGAGUUCUCCUUUUCUAGCAGUAAUUUCUGCAUAAGGAUCAUGUCCUACUAAUGUGCAAACUCUUGAGCCUUCUUCCAGCAGGCCCUGUGACAAAAGUCAGUUGUUUUUUUUUUUAAUUAUUUGAUGUUUGUUUUAUUUUUUCUCCCUUUUGAAAAGCUAUCUUAUAUGAAGCCAUGAUGGGCAGGCCAAUGGGUAGAAAGUAUUAGACUUCUAUUGUAUUAAUCAAUCUGCUUUUCCUGUUCCCUUUCUGUGUCCACCUUGGUGUUGACCUUGACUUCUCUUUGUCUGAUUGAAGGCUGGAUUAGGUUCCUCUGCUGGUGCCUCAGAAUGCUGUUCCAGCAAAUAACUGAUUCAUGGUAUGUCUCCUCUUCCCUGGCUUUCAAAGGGUUUGCAGUUAACCCCCAAAAAUAACUUGCCUGGAGAUCUUUGAGACACUUUUUUAAAGCUUUGUUUUAAAUUUUUGUUUUCAGUGCUCAAAGCUCUUUUAGAUAUGCUGAAUAGGGGCUAACUUGGCAACUCUGAAGACUCAAUUCUGAGGAGCAUUUGUUGGAAGUCUGCUUAUGGACACCUUCUCCCCACCACACCUUCUUUUUUUCCCCACUACAGCUGCUCACUUUGUGCCUGAGACGCUGUUCUGCUUGUGGCAAGGGGGCACAUCAUGUCUAGAGGCAAGGGCCCAGACUUCUGUUGGCCUCAGGAGAGAGGUGGGAGACCUACCCCACUGGUGAUGCUGUGACUUAUGAAAAAAAAAUGGAAGGAUCUUUUUCUGUAGUUGGCCAACUGAUCACGUUGAGAGAAGAUUUUUAAACUAUGUAUUACCAAAUGCAUAGACAGACUCCACUGCUGCUUCUUCCAGUCACUCAGUCGUAACCUUUGAACCCAUGAGAGGAGUCAGAGAUCUGCAGUACCUGAAGCGUGGCUCAGGGUAGGAAUAGGAGCAUGCCCAAGAGAGCAGCAAGAAUCCUUCAAGUUCCAGUCAUCCUGGUCUUGUGCAUGGACCUGUAGCAGGGCUCUCCCCAUGGGUUUGAGACCUAUUCCUAGGUGCUAUAGUACAGAAGUCCUGCUUCGGUCUUCCACAUACACUUAUCUAGCUCCUGAAUGAGAGCAUCUCCUUUUCCAGGCAGUUCUGUCUUCCCAGCACAGCUGGUGUUUUAAGCAAUAAAAGUCAGAAUAAAGAUACUGUGUAUAAACAAACAAGGAAGUAGGACUAUACUGCAACCUGACAUCACAACCAGAGUUCGACUUGCAUCAAGAAGGGUGAGAAAUGUAGAGUUGAGACAAGGGCUCAAUCCUUUGCAGAUUUUUUUUUUUUUUAAGAUAAAAGAUGCUAAAGGAGAGCAUACACAGAAGGUAGUGUCCAUGGUGUGCUGUUGCCAAUCUUAGACAUUCAGUAUGUAUUCGGUCUGUUUCACUAAUAGCUCAUCCCACUGCACAUUCCAGGGAAGCUCCAGAUCUGUGCUAUAAAGGCUUCAUUUUGCAUUAUUAUUUGUGGAACUUUGCACUCAACAGUGUUACUAUUCCAAAGUCAGGAUUUUUUGUGUUUUCUUUGUGUGUGGUGGUGUUUUGUUUUGUUUUAUUUGUUUUUUCCUCUCUUGCAUUGUGACCUUUGUUCUGAGGCUGGUGUGAGGAUUUUUUUUCUAGAAGGCUGUUAUUCUUCCUGUAUGCAAACCCACAUGUAAACAUAUGUGUAUACAUAGAAGUGUCCAAUGAUUUUCGGAAGCUGAAUGUGAGACAUCUUAAAAUGGACUUGAUUUGCAGUGUUGGGGAUUGCAACUUAUUUUUUGGUUCUCUAAGAUAUUUCAUGUGGUGUUCAAAAGUGGGACAGCCGAGGUCUGUAAACAUCUGAAAGACUUCUGCCUGAACAUUCAUAAUAUCUUUUCUUUCUGGCCUGAUGUUUUCCCUACUGGAAGAGCUCUAUGCUGAAGACAGAUGUAUGUGCUUCUGCUGAGGAACAUGGCAGAUGCAGUCUCUAGCUUCCACUCUGAAAGCCCAGAAAUCUGUAGCAGUGCUUUCCAAAGGAAUGAAAUUGAAGGAAGGGUUCACUCAUAUUUCUUUGAUAGCAAGAAGCUUGCUUUCGCUCCUUAUCUGUCUAAUGUAGUGAAAUCUUGCUUUUUCCUUGGAUGUCCUGAAACAUCAUUCUUAUGUUUGGGAUGCUGGCUGUCCUUCCCAAGAUCUAGCAGCUUCUUUCCUGCAUUAGCAUCUGUGUUCCUCACAGAAGGCUUGUGGCAUUGGGGCAUCUUGGGAGGGGUGCAUAGUGGUGAUGAAGUCUGAAGCACAGUAUCAGUCACUUUUUGUCCUUCCAGACUUAGUCCAUGUUUAUGUGCUCUUGGUUAAGUUUUAGGGAGAGAGGGUCAUGACUGUAAUGCAAUAAUGAGGGACUGAAUGAGCAGGGAACUGCCAGCUGUUUCCAAGCACACACCAUAGCACAUUUUCUCCCUGCUGGAAAAAACUCAGGGUUAUUUUGGUCAAACCUCCCUGCUCUAAAGAAAGGUCCCCAUGUCCUUAGCUAAUGCUGGCCUUCCUUCAUGGUCCAUAACAAACCAUCUUUUCAUUCCAAGUAAAGCAAGUUUCCUGCUAGCUCGUACUGCUGCCAGCCCAUUGGAAUGCAACGUUGCAUCCCCUUCCACCUUCGCUGUAUUUGGAAGGCUAUAAGCUGUGGGGUUAGACUACCCCCCAGUUUCCUUCUAAUCGUGCCAAUUUUGUAUUAUCCCCCUUUUUAAAAAAUAGAAUGGGAAUCUUGUCUCUCUGAAAAUGAAAAAGAAAUAUCUAUUUCACUUUUUAUGGUUUCUUUUUUAUUGUUAUUUCCUGUGUGACCAUGGUUUGUGUGAGUGAAGAUGUGUGUGCAUCUGGUUGUGCAUUAAACCUGCAGAGUAUCAGGCAAGUAAGCUGCCUCAGAUGCAGUGCAAGCAUCCAUAUCCUCUAUGCUGCAGCCUGUGGUAUUGUUAAAGGAUCCUAAGGGCUCACGUUGAUCUUCCUCUGUUCACGUUGCCGCAUCUCCUGGUUAAGCUGGUGAGUUCCUCCAGGCACUUGGAAAUUCAGUCCAAGACAAGCUUGAACAUCAAAUAGCAGAAGAGCAAGAUAUUUUCUUUCUUUUCUUUUAGUUUCAAAGUUAUAAAGUGUUUGGCACAGUUCUGGAAUGCAGGUACCGAAUAGUUCUAACAGUGCUGUGUAAAAUGUUUCUUUUUAUGUUUAAAAUAAAGAGCGAGCCUUUUUGA